AUGAAAAGCAAAUUAUGUUGCAUAGAAAUUUUUGUAUGCUUUUGUGUAUGGAUAUGUGCAAAUUUGUAUUCCUUGUUUAAGUUAUUUGAAGCACAAACAGAAAUUUUACAACAAAAUGGUCAGGAAACGAAUUUACUCAAAGAUCUUAAACCUGGUUGGCGGUUUAUACAACGACACAGAGAUGAAUCAGACAUUGAAUGGAGACCAAUUAUACUUUAUGAAGAAUUUGAAAAGAGCUUUAAUAUUAAGUAUGAAAGCUUAACAUUGAGAUUGAAGAGAUUUAUUUCAGAUUUAAUAUUAUUAAAAUUCUACUCCUUAAUUUUAGAUAUAGCUUUUCAUUACAUAUAUUUUUUUGCUAUGCAGGAUAAUAUGGAGCUUGUAAGAAAACUGCCCACAACAGCGCUAUGUGGUGGAGGUCUUUGGAUGGGGUUGGAAUUUCAUAUGAAGUAUGUUAUUUCAUACGGCACUACUACAACAUUUGCAAGACUUGAUAACAUUGAGCCACCCCCAAUGCCAAGGUGUAUUGCCAGAGUUCAUAUCUAUUCACAAAUGUGGAGACAUUUUGAUGUUGGGCUUUAUAGAUUCCUUGUAAAGUAUAUCUACAAGCCUGGUCUUACCAUAGUUUCUACAUUAACUAAACUACCAAAAAUAGUUCAUCGGCUUACUGCUUCACUAGCCACAUUUGUGUUUAUAUUUAUGUGGCAUGGAACAGUUUGGCAUAUAUUUAUUUGGUCAACGUUAAAUUACUUGGGUAUUACCCUAGAACAUGUGGGUAAAGAAUUAUCAAGGCACAGUGAAAUGCUUAAUAACUUAAAUGAACAAGUUCUUCUAUCAAAGUUGGACAUGCUAUGUGUAUGA